AUGAUUUGCGAGGAGCUUGUCUACAGUCUGGGACUUGACAAAGCAAGGGAUUCUAUGGAGGUGAGCCUCAAUGCGGUCAAGACAUGGUAUGCAGAGGCCCACUCGUCUAGCGAGGCUGGGGUUCUUCAUCCAGGAACUAUUAUGGCAAACUUGCGCAACAAGUUGCGACACGGGCAAAUAUCCAAUCUCAGGAGCCGUGGGAACAGCGGGAAGGCGUCUGGGGCAGGGAUAGGUAGGAGGCAGCCCGACAAUUCGAGCCACGCAGGACCCGCGUCGCAGACGAACUCCGAUAUCCCGAUGACUACGAGGAUGCCCGCAACGCCCUCACGCCCGCCUCGAUACGUAUACGUCGCAAGUGCGAUUUCUAGGGCCAGAACGGCGUGA